AGGAGGUGGGGACCUUCUCUGCUCAGAGCUGUUUCAGGGUGGCUGACAGGGACAUUAUUCUCUCUCUCAGUGGCCGAGAUUUGUGGAUUACCUCUGGAUUCCUCUCACUCACCUCUCUGCUGUGGCACCGCUGGCUUAGUCGGACACCAUGGAGGACCAGAACCAAGAGACUGAGGCCACACAGGGGGAGCUGAAUGGGGUCCAGCAUGGACAGAACGGCGGGGAGGCCAAUGUGCCUCUCUCCACCUCUCCAAGGAGGCGUAGCGACGUCAAGGUCUACAAGGAGUUCUGUGACUUCUACGUGCGCUAUAACAUGGCGAACGCGCUGGCCAACGCCGUGUGUGAGCUCUGCAAGGCGGGCUUCUCCCCCGCGGAGAGGAUCGUGAACAGUAACGGGGAGCUGUACCACGAGCAGUGCUUUGUGUGCGCUCAGUGCUUCCAGCAGUUUCCAGAUGGACUGUUCUACGAGUUUGAGGACAGAAAGUACUGCGAGCACGAUUUCCAGAUGCUGUUUGCGCCCUGCUGUAAUCAGUGUGGGGAGUUCAUCAUCGGCCGCGUCAUCAAGGCCAUGAACAACAGCUGGCAUCCAAACUGCUUCUGCUGUGACAUCUGCCAGGCUGUGCUCGCUGACGUCGGCUUUGCGAAGAACGCAGGCAGACACUUGUGUCGUCCGUGCCACAACCGUGAGAGAGCCUGCAGCCUUGGCAAGUACAUCUGUCAGAAGUGUCACGCCAUCAUUGAUGAACAGCCCCUGGUCUUCAAGAGUGACCCCUACCACCCAGACCACUUUAGCUGCAGCAACUGUGGUAAGGAGCUGACCGCUGAUGCCAGAGAGCUAAAAAACGAGCUGUACUGCCUGCCGUGCCAUGACAAGAUGGGUGUGCCGAUCUGCGGCGCCUGCAGGAGGCCUAUCGAGGGCAGGGUGGUGAACGCGAUGGGCAAGCAGUGGCAUGUGGAGCAUUUUGUCUGUGCUAGGUGUGAAAAACCCUUCCUGGGUCAUCGUCAUUAUGAGCGCAAAGGCCAGGCCUACUGUGAGACUCACUACAAUCAGCUCUUCGGAGACGUCUGUCACCACUGUAACCACGUCAUCGAAGGAGAAGUCGUCUCAGCGCUGAAUAAGGCCUGGUGCAUCGGCUGCUUCGCCUGCUCCACCUGCAGCACCAAACUGACCCUCAAGGAUAAGUUUGUGGAGCUGGAUCUGAAGCCUGUGUGUAAGCAGUGCUAUGAAAGAAUGCCGGAGGAGCUGAGGCGCCGCUUGGCCAAACGGGAGCACGACUCCAAGGACAGGAAAAAGAAGAUGGGCAUCUGUCUGUGACUGUUCACCGACAGGAGUGGUGCAGUUCUGUCUUGGAAGCGCCUCGUUAUUAUCAAGGACAGAUAUUUGUGAUAUUUGUUAUUUUGUACUGGUCUGUUCUGCCUCGUGUGCCGGGUGCAGCAAAAGAUGAAUGAGGGUGUAGAGUGUGUGGAAAAUGGAAAACAGGCAUAGUAUUUGUAGUGACCACAAAUCAGUGUUUGAUCCACAAAUGAGAGCAAAUAUAUGGAAAGUUGCAAUGAGUGACUGUAAAGAAGUGCAAGGAGUGUUUUAAUAUUAUUCUGACUUGCAUGUUUUUUACCUCAGUGCUGCACUGUUUUCAUUUUUACCCAAUCAUGUGACACUUCUAACCACUUUUUGGGUGAUAAUCAAUUAAACACACGAUGCCCAUAUAAGGAGUUCUCUUAAAGUCUGUCUGCUUAUACUUAGAAAAUAAAUGACAUUCUUGAAAAAACACCUUUUUUUCCACUCCAAUAAACAAAAAUGUUCAAAGCUUGA